AUGGAUGGAAAAAGAUAUUUAAGGUAUUACAUGUUGGGAAACGUUUUUGUUCGAGAGACUUUCAAACCACAUUAUCUUCAGAGUGCUGCUUAUUCUUUACAAUCUGGCAUCAGAUAUUUCGUCUAUGAUUCUAAAAUGAACCAAAUAUGGCAAGGGAACAAACACUGUACUAAAGAAGCUAGCCCAGAAAAGGAACAAGGAUUAGCGUGUACAAUGGCCGCUGCAGGAUUAGCAUGUGGAGUCCGAAAACAGAAGUGCAGAUUGCUAGUGAGACUGGUACAAGAAUAUGGAGUGAAGAAAUGGGCAUUUAUUGCCUCCUUGAUUGGCAGAAGAAUAGGCAAACAAUGUAGAGAACGAUGGUUCAAUCAUCUACGUCCUGAUAUCAAGAGAGAUGCAUGGACUUUAGACGAAGAGAUCGCUCUGGUGGAAGCCCAUUCUGCAAUGGGAAACAGGUGGGCAGAAAUAGCAAAAAGAAUUCCUGGAAGAACUGAGAAUUCUAUAAAAAAUCACCGGAAUACUACAUGGAGGAGGCAAAUGAAUAAACGGAAGAGCUGA